AUGGUAAAUACCAGUAAAAACCAUCCUGGCAAAAACAGUUGNGCUAUUCAUUCAGACAAUGAAAUAUUUUUUAUAAGUGGAUUAUGUUCAGUAUUAAGAUGGGUCAUAAAAGACAAGCUAAUUGCGUGCCCUCAGCAUUUUUCACACUCUUUAUUGGGUUUUCGUGGAGGUUGUUUGGUCGCUUGUACAGAAAGUUCAAUAUGGACAAAAUUUUGUGAACUUCAAUUACCAAGUUCUGUGAAGGAAGUUUUUCUGUUAAAAAAUAACAAAUCUGAUGAAACUGUGAUUCCAGAAAAUCUUGUCUUAUUAGAGGCACAUUUAAGAAGACCUGUAAGAACACAUAAUAUUUUGAAAAGAAAAUUAGACAUUGCUCGCGAAAUUAAAAAUGGCAAGACAAAUCCAGUGACUUGUGAUUCAUCUGCAUCCCCAAGCAUAGUGAAAAACUUUACUUUGUGUGAUAAUAAUGAGCAUCCUGUUCAAAAGGAAGACUUGGUCGAAAAUUUAAAAAACUUGGUUAUUACAGAAAAAACUAAAGAGUUUUCCCUUAAUCAUUGCUAUUUGGAGGGCAUUGAUCUUACACUGGCUGAUAUGAUUGUCUUUCCUUGCGUUCAUUAUUUUAUGGAAAAUUUGCCUUUUUCUCACUUAGAGAACUUUGAAAAUGUAUUAAAUUGGUAUCAAAGGAUGACCAGCAAUGAGCAAAUAAAAGAAGCUGCCAUAAAAUGUGGAAUGUUUCCGAAGACCAUCCCUACUUUGCCAUGUUUGAAACCUUCUAUUACAAUUCCUACAAUUAACCAAGAUAGUUUGUACAAAAGAGAUCCAUCUCAUUCUAAGAUGAGGAUAAAAUAUAAGAAUCCAACUGAGACAUUGCAGCUAUUAGAGAAGUUUGAAAUUUAUCCAAAGUACUCUGAAACUUGCUGUACUCAGUUAGACUGGAACAGUUUGCCUAAAGAACUCCAUCCAGCUACUGGAGAUCUGCCAGCAAAACGUGUUGAAAGAAAAUGUCAACAAAUUGAGAGCAUAGUUACUGCUGCACUAAAAAUUGCUGUUGAAGGACAAACUAUUGUUGAAUUUUGUGCUGGUGGAGGUCACGUGGGACUAUUGCUUGCUUACUUUCUGCCUAAAUGUAAAAUAAUCCUUAUUGAGAACAAAGAAUCAUCUAUGCAACGAGCUUUUCUUCGAGCAAAAGUUUUGAAUUUGAAGAAUAUUGUUUACUAUCAAUGCAAUUUGGAUUACUUCAAGAGAUCCUUUGAUAUGGGCAUUUCAUUACAUGCUUGUGGUGUGGCUACUGAUCUUGUGAUUCAGCAAUGUUUACAGCAACAAGCUUCAUUUGUGUGUUGCCCAUGUUGUUAUGGUGGUAUUCAAGACACACAUUUGCUGCAGUAUCCUCUGAGCAACACAUUUCGCACAACUGGAUUAUCUUAUAAAAAUUAUACUCUUCUUGCCCAUUGUGCUGAUAGAAAUGAAGUAAACACACCUACUGCCAAACAAGGAGAGCUAUGUAUGGGAUUGAUUGAUACUGACAGAGUUCAUCUUGCUCAAGAAUAUGAAUAUGAAGUUAGACUUACCACACUUCAUCCUAAAUCUUGUUCACCAAAACAUAAUUUAAUUAUUGGUGUAUCUCCUAAAUGGAAGAAUGCUCAAUAAAUUAUUUUUGUAUUUUAAA